AUUUGUUUCCAUUCAAUGAUAUAUUUCUUGUUUUUCUUUCAGAUUUUUAAAUUCUGUCGAUCAAAAUGUCACAAAGCAUUUCAGAAGAAGAGAAACCCAAGGAAAGCUCCAUGGACCAAGGCAUUCAGGAAAGCUCAUGGCAAAGAACUUACAAUCGACCCAUCGUUUGAAUUUGAAAAGAGAAGAAAUGUUCCUGUUAAAUAUGACAGAGAGCUUUGGCAAACCACAUGUGAGCUUCGAAAGCCAUGCAGAAAAUUCAGGAGAUCCGGUCACGAAGGGAGAGACAGUUUGUUAAAAAACAGGUUAAAGAAGGGUAAAGAACUGAGAAAGGAAGCUGACAUCAAGGAGGCUGAGAAGAACAUCCAUCUUAUUAAGUCACCAGCAGAUGCCUAA